AUGUCGGAUCUAUUUCUACCAACGUUGUCGCUUCUUUUCGAUUAUCAUUCCAGUUUCAGUUUCAAAUCGGAAACACGUUACUCAAACUUUCACCUGUUUGUUUUUAUUCCCUUUGCAUUCUCUUCGUUUGUUCGCAAAUGUUGCUUUCUGAUCAAUUUAAAACUUCUGUUAGACGAUUGUUUCUUUCCUUUUCUGGCAUGUCGUUCGCUGAUUGCAUUUGGCUCGCUCCAGUCUGUUCCACUCAUGUUUCCGUUUGUGUCCGACAACGGGCGGCGUCGGUGCGUGUUGGAAGAGAGUGUAUACUAUUUUAAUUGCUUCUAUUCUUUUCUUCUCAUUGUCUUUCUUGUUUACUAUCUUGAUUGCUUCUUUCUUUCAUAUUUUUAUUUCAUUCACUGUUUUGUAUUCUCUGCAUAUGUGACUGAUUCAUUCUUUCUUUCUUUGUUUUCUCGGGAUUUACCAUUUCUUUUUUCUCUCUCUUUUUUUGUUUACUAUUUUGAUUGUUUCUUUCUUUCUUUCUUUCUUUCUUUCUUUUCUCACGGUUUAUCACUUCUUUUAUUUAGUGUUCCAUCGCCUGUUGACAUUUUUCUCUCUCAUCCCCCUGUUCGUAGGUUAACAUUCAUACAUUCAGAAACUGUUCGAUCAUAUCAACAAACUUUUUUUCAUUCUACUUUCCUCGAGUAUUUUCUACUUUUCCGCGCAUUUUCAUUUUCAUUUUCCUAUCACCUUGCUGUUUGCUUUCAUUUCAUUUUUCAUUGCGUCUUUCUACCUUUCAGGUGUCUUCCUUUCAUUCUUAUUCAUUCUUUGGCAACUUUUUUUUUCGUUUUCUUCUUGUUCUUUUAA